UUAUGCAUUUGCCAGCGGCUUUUUACAUAUUUUGACUAUUUUUGUUAUAAGCAAGGGCAAGACUCGUAAACCAAUUAACAUAAUGCUGCGAAUCCUCCAGAAAAGAACCAGUCUAAUAAAACUGUUAGUACCUGGUCCGCGGCAUAAUCAAACUCUUUCGCAAACGGUGAUAAAGGAAAUCCCUGCAAUAAAACCAAUACGUAUUUCAAGUAGUGAAAAAACUGUGGGAAGAUGGUUUCUCGGGGUCAGCGGAAUGGUUUUUGUGGCAGUUGGUCUAGGUGGAGUUACCAGGUUGACAGAGUCCGGACUUUCUAUGGUAACUUGGAAACUUACGGGUGAACGGAUGCCCAGGACGCAGGAGGAGUGGAUUCAAGAGUUCACUCUCUAUCAGCAAUAUCCAGAGUAUAAGCUAAAAAAUGUUAAUAUGACAGUGGAAGAGUUCAAAUUCAUAUUUAUGAUGGAGUACAUGCACAGAAUGUGGGGUCGCGCCAUCGGCGGAUUCUUUUUCCUGCCUGCCGUAUACUUCUGGAGAAAGGGAUACUUUUGUGCAAAGACCAAGAAGAGUGUAUUACUAUUGGGCACCUUGAUUGGUCUGCAAGGUCUGAUGGGCUGGUACAUGGUUAAAUCCGGUCUAGAGGACCGGUUCCAAAAUCCCAAUGACGUACCGAGAGUAUCCCAAUACAGACUAGCUUCCCACCUGGCAGCUGCCUUUAUCCUGUAUUCACUGUCGCUGUCGAGAGCCAUGGCUCUGCUGAUUCCAACAAAUACUUUCGUAAUCCAAGCCAAAAAUGCAUUUAAUAUUAAAGGCUUUUCCCAUCUCACGAAGGCAAUGGUCCUAUUGACAGCCGUUUCUGGAGCUUUUGUAGCCGGGCUCGAUGCUGGAUUGGUGUACAACUCAUUUCCAAAGAUGGGGGACAGCUGGAUACCCGAUGACAUGUGGCAAUUUGAGCCGAUACAAAAGAACAUAACCGAGAACCCGACGACGGUGCAGUUUAAUCACCGCAUUCUGGGGAUCAGCACAGUCACCCUGACCACAGCACUGUGGCUGGCGACCAGAAGGAUGCAGCUCCCCAAGCGUGCCAAUUGGGCCAUUAAUGCUGUGGUGGCCAUGGCUUGGACUCAAGCCACCCUAGGAGUAACUACCUUGCUGAACUACGUGCCCGUUCCACUGGCGACUGCCCACCAGUCUGGAUCGCUUAUUCUGCUGAGUUUCGCCCUAUGGUUAUCCCAUGAAGUGCGAUUUUUAAAGUAUCUGCCAAAAUAAUUGAAAAUAAAUAAUUGUUUAUUCAAAGUAAACGCUUAUUUAUUUAA